AUGCGCGGGAGUGGGCAUUCGGCCCUGAUUGGCUUCUGCCUGGCCGGCGCGGCGGUGCUGGUGCUGGCGCAGCCCGCGGGAGCGCAGGGCGAUGCACAGGGUGACGCGCCUGCGGCGCCGCACGCCGGGGCGCGCAUCCAUCCGACGGCGGCCGAAGCCUUUGCCACCCUCGUCUACUCGGAUUUGUUCCUGUUGGGAGCCCGGGUGCUGGGCCAGUCCCUGAGGGAGACGGGCACCACCAGGGACCUUGUGGCGCUGGUCACAGAGAGCGUCAGCCAGCAGGCGGCCGACACGCUGGCCCUAGAUGGGUGGAAGGUGCAGCGGGUGGGCCUGGUCACCAACCCUGGCACCUGGACUCAGGACCCCGAUCAGAGGUUCCCGCCGCGCUUCUGGGGGGUCUUCACCAAGCUGCUCAUCUUCAACCUCACCCACUCGCCUCUGUCCGCCGUCAUCACCUGCAUGGUGUAUCUGGACGCUGACACGAUCGCCUCCCGGAGCCUGGACGAGUUGUUCCUCUUCGACGGCCUCUGCGCCGUGAUGCGCGCCGCGGAGCGGGUCAACACAGGCGCGCGACGGCUGGCCCGGCAGCAGCGGGUGAUGGUGCUGACGCCGUCGGCGGCGCUCUUCCGGGCCAUGAUGGCCGCAGUCCCCUCCACCCCCUCCUACACCGGCGGCGACCAGGGCUUCCUCAAUUCUUUCCUCCCAGACUUCCCCGAGGCACCGCUGUUCGACCCGCGGCGCGGCCGCCAGCUCAGCGAGGUCGCCACCUGGCGCAGCGACGCGCCCGGCGCGCCCGGCUUGGCGCUGGGGCGGCUGCCCACAGUGUACAAUGCCGACCUGGGCCUCUACCUGCUCAACUCCAACCGCUGGACGCUGCCGGCUGAGGAGAUAAGGCGAGCGGGGCGGGUGAGCGCCGCGCACCAUGGCACAGGCAACAUCUCGCCACGCCCCGCCCUGCCCAGCAGGGUGCUGCACUUCACCCUUGCCACCUUCAAGCCCUGGGAUUGGUGGGCGGGGUGGAUCAUGGGAGAGACGUCGGCGCGGUGGCAGGCGCUGCGCUCUCGGCUGCCGGCGGCGGCAGACGGCCUCGCCGGAGGGAAGACGGCGCAGCAGCAGCUGGCAGCCCUGGUGCUGCUGCCCCUGCCACUCGUGAUAGCAGCGCUGCUGGUGCGGCGGUGCCUGUGGCAGCGGGGCCUGGGCCAGUUCGCGCGAAGCGCCGGCGGCCGCCUGGCGUGGGCAGUGGGGGCGGCGGGCACGCGGGCACGGGCGCUCAAGGCGUUCCGGCCGCGUGGCGGCGGCGGCAGCGGCGGCGGCAGCCCCUGCGGCAGCCCGCAGAGCCCCUGCUGCAGGGCUGAGCAGCAGCAGCAGCUGCUGAUGGCGCUGGACCUGCCCGCAGCGGCAGCCGCGGCCCUCCCCGCAGCGGCCCCGCCGGCGUGGCUCACCGCCGCGGCGGCCGGCGCCGGCAUGGCGGCCGUGGCCGUCGGCCUGGGCGUCAGCAUGGCGCUCAUUCCUCGCCAGGUGGUGCCGGCGGUGGGGUGGUGCCUUGCCUACCAGUGGACCGCUCUGUGCAUAGUGCUGCCCUACUCUUUAUUCCUGCAAGCCUGUCACCGGCUUGGGCGCGGCGGCGGCGCGGUCAGCGGCGCUGCCGCCGGUGCGACCGUGCCGGCAGCUCCCUUGCCGGCAGUCCACGCCGCCGGCAGCUGGGCGGCGCGGCCCUGGGGCGCCAGCCUGGCGCUGUUUGCUGCCACCCUGGCCUGCCUGGGCCUGGUGCCUUGGUCAGCAGACAUCCUGGGGGUGCCGUCGUUUGCCAGCAAGGCCAUCACAACAUUCCUGCUGGGGGCGAUCUCAGGCAUCCUGUGCACUCAGUGCUUCAUCGGCCUGGCGACCCGCUGGUACCAGAGCGGCGCUGCUGAGGCCGCGCUGGCCAGGUCUGCCUCAAAGCUGGAUGUGUAG